AUGGAGAAAUUCUCCCGAAGUCACACGAUUCCUCUGUUCUGGAGCGUUCUCUUUCCAGCAGUCGGGAUUGGCAUCUACUUCCUCGUCUAUUGGAACUGGUCUACACUGCCGGAAGGUGUCCGAAUAGCAGAUGAGUCCACUGAUAAACCGGUAUUCGUUGCGGAACGAGCUCACGAAUACCUGCGAACGCUGACUAGUCAAGGUCCCCGCGUCGUCGGCAGCAACGCCAAUGAAGUUUUCGCCGUUAACUUCCUAGUGGAGGCGGUCAACGAAAUCAUCAGGCAAGCAGAUUCCUCCAAUUUGGUGACCGUAGAAGUUCAGGAAGCAUCCGGUAGUUACUUCCUGGAUUACACAGACUAUCCAAUCACCAGCUACUACCGGGGAGUUCAGAAUGUCGUCGUUACUUUGCGAAAGCAAAAUGCCAAUCAAUUCAGUGGGAAGUACCUACUACUGAACGCCCAUUUCGACAGUGCCGUCACUAGUUUCGGUGCAGGCGACGACGGGACCAUGACUGUAGUCAUGCUGGAGAUCCUACGGCAAAUGUCCCGGCAUAAUUUAGGCCUUAAACAUGGAGUCAUAUUUCUUUUUAACGGAUGCGAAGAGAACACAAUGCAAGGAGCGCAUGGCUUCGUGACCGGUCACUCACUGGCGGCGAACGUAUCCGCAUUCAUCAAUUUGGACGUAGCUGCCAACGGUGGACGGGAAAUCAUGUUCCAAUCCGCACCCGGUUUCCCCUUUCUCAUGGAAAAAUACCAACAAUUCGUCAAGCGGCCAUACGCAAACUCGCUCGCCGAAGAAGUAUUCCAACUAGGACUGGUACCGUCGUUCACUGACUACGAAACCUUGUCGAACGUUGGAAAGUGGCCCGGAAUGGACAUUGCGCUCGCUUCCUACGGUUAUCUGUACCACACGGCCUAUGAUGCUUUCGAGACCAUAUCUCCGGACACACUUCAGCACAUUGGAGAUAAUCUGCUACCGCUGGUCAUGGAACUGGCCCGAAGCAAAGAGCUCUACGACGUCGAACGCCAUCGGGACAGUUCGGCGACGUUCUUCGACUUUAUGCAUCUGUUCAAGGUGACCUACAAUGAAACCAUAACGUACGUUAUCAACUACCUGGUGGCGAUCGUUGGACUAGUGCUUAUCGUCCUAACGAUUGUGAUAAUGGUUCGGAUGGAAGGUGCCAAGUUGACGAAGGUGUUGCUCGAAUGUGGCAUCACGCUUAUAAUUCAAACCUUGUCGAUUGUGGUUGGAGCAGGACUUUGCAUAGCGAUUGCUGCCAUUGCAGAUGCGGCAAAUAGGUCGAUGUCCUGGUUCACCUCCACAUGGAUACUGUUUGGGCUGUAUUUUAUACCAUUCAUUGCCUGCCUGACCCUCGGACCCUGGCUGUACCUACGUUUCCGAAAGUUGAAAUACCUACACAACCAAGGACGAAUUCUGCUGUUUCUCCACGCUCAAUGCUUCAUCUACAUAACGCUUCUGGUAACCUUCACAGUCGGUGGAAUGCGCUCCGCCUACAUCUUUCUAUUUCCGGUAAUCUUCCACUCGCUGUCCAGCAUCGUAAACAUGAUCAUCAAGUUCAAGCUGAAUCACUGGAUCUACGUCCAACUGAUCGGUCAGAUCAUUCCGGUGUUCUACUUCUGUUCACUUACCGUCACCGUUUUCGCUGUAUUCAUCCCGAUGACAGGCCGCGGAGACGCUGCCACCAAUCCGGAUCUCAUGAUGGCACUCUUCAGCGUUCUGAUGACCCUGCUGUUGGUAAGUCUAUCCAUUCCACUGAUGGUUCUGCUUCCGAAGAUACGCUACUUCUACAUCCUGCUCGGCACGGCAUUCUUGGUGACGGUCAUCCUGAUGAUCACCCCAGUUGGAUUUCCAUUCCGCGAAGGGACGUCUCCUCAGCGUUACUACAUUUUCCACCAACAGCGAAACUUCUACUUCCAGAAUGGAAGUACCCGCCAUUCGCUCGACAACUACUUCUUGUACCCGCAGGAUCGCCACACGCCGCACUAUCUGUUCGAUGAAGUCCCUGUCUGGGGUCAGCGAGCUCAACCAAUCGAAGAAUAUUGCGAUCAAGAACUGUACUGCGGGUUCCCGUUCUACAUCAACCGUUACCAUCGGCAACGCAAGAACAGCUACUGGAUGACUAGCCUAUCUAGACCCAACUUCCCCGAGCCGGUACGGCUACAAUUGCUCGCAAAACAAGACCUAACCUCAACCGUUCGUCGCUUCCGCUUCUCCAUCGAAGGACCUACCCUGAUGGGAUUCUACGUGUCACCAUUUCGUGGUAGUCGCCUAGCAACGUGGACCUUCAGCGACGAGAUCCCCCCAAGUGGAACACCCUGGAACGGACAAUCCGUUCACUAUGUCAACUACGUUCAAGCAAAGUCCCGCAGUCUCCAGGAAUUCUUUAUCGAUAUCGAAUCGUCUACCACCCUAACCGCCGAACCCAUCCUGCUCCUCUCAAUCCACGCCAACUACAUGUACCACGAACAGUAUCGAACGGAGGAAUUCCAAGAGCUGCUCAACCAAAUGCCACCGUAUGCGCACACCGUCGCCUAUCCCAGUUACUUGGAAAUUAGAGAAUUUUGAUAUUAAAUAAAACUAUACUCAGUAAACU